CCUAUCUGUCAUGUUUGACAGGUUUGUCAAAAUAUGAUAUUUGAAUAAACAAUCAUUACAUUAGUGUUUGAAUCUGAUAAUCUAGUUGAGUUUGGUGCGACAAAUUCACUUAAACGAUGGAGAAAUAAUACUCAAAACAUAUUUGGGAUGGAUAAGUACGAUAGGGAUGCAACACCAGUCUGGGAAUGCUGUGUGGGGAGUUUCAGAGCCUGCCACUCGCUUUAAAUUUAAGAAUAUCGGGUGUUACAGAUGUGCGUAAUCCGUACCUUUCUUUGUUAGCUCUCGUCGAAGGCAUGGCCACCAUUCCAGCUAAUGGUACACAGGAAGAAGAAGAAGAUAUUUAUUUAGGUAAAGAAAACGGACUCAUGAGUUACGAAAACCCAAAUUAUCAUUUGGAUUCCGCCAAAUUGGAUGACGCACUCAAUUCAAAUACAACAGAUGAUAAUCUUUAUAAGGACAUAUAUCAAAAUAUCGACAUUUGCAAUAUGGUACAUGGAAUAAAAAGCUCUCUGUCUAACAACUCUGCACGCAAAACAUACGCUUCUUUAGGUAUAGAUUCAAUGGGAGUGGACAUAACCACCGGACCAAUAACCAAUCGAGAUUGCUACAAUGAGGAUUAUAGAACUCCAACAACAGAGACAAGCACCGAGAAUAUAGACAAUCAGGAGGGGGAAGUUGAAAUAAAACAUAUAACUGGUAAUUUGAAUAAUGAUCUAUACGCUGUACCAGUUAAAAGACGUCAGAAGAAACCUCAGCUCAUUGAACAUGAAAAAGAGGAGAAAGAAGGAGAAGACGUCGAAUUGCCACCAGGUUGGGAGAAACACGAAGAUCAUGAUGGUCCUUAUUAUUGGCAUAUCAAGAGUGGAACUAUUCAAAGAGAACUACCUGUGUCGGAUAAAAGCGAACAGGAGAAAGCUAAUAUAAAUAAUUUUUCUCACUGUGCUGAAGAUUUUAUUUCAUCCUACGAAAAUACUAUAUGUUCUGUAACUAGAAGUAGUACUAGUUCUGCACUUGAUACCGAUUUGGAAGAAAGAAAAUUGAAAGAGUCUUACAAGCGAAGAAGUUAUCCAGCAAAAUUCGAAGAGGUGAAGAAUAAUACUAUCCGCUUUGCCGUCAGAUCUUUGGGAUGGGUUGAGAUAUCUGAGGAUGAUCUCACUCCAGAGCGAAGUAGCAAAGCUGUGAAUAAAUGUAUUGUUGAUUUGUCUGUAGGGAAGAAUGAUUUCCUUGAUGUUGUCGGACGUUGGGGAGAUGGCAAAGAUCUCUUCAUGGAUUUGGAUGAAGGAUCGCUGAAAUUGAUAGAUCCAGAAAAUAUGACAGUCUUGAAUACUCAGCCGAUACACACAAUAAGAGUUUGGGGAGUAGGAAGGGAUAAUGGAAGGGAAAGAGAUUUUGCUUAUGUGGCAAGAGAUAGAAGCACUAGAAAACACAUGUGUCACGUGUUCAGAUGUGACAUGCCCGCUCGCACCAUUGCAAACACACUAAGAGAUAUAUGUAAAAAAAUUAUGAUAGAGCGCAGCUUACAGCAGAACAUGGGUAAAACUAAUGACAUAGGGACAAGACCUAUGGCAGUUAGACCUACCAAUUUACCCACCGAGAACAGACGUUCUCUGAAGAAUGGCAUUAUCACUCACUCAUUUCCUACGCCUAUGGAAGAACCAAAGAAAAUACUCAGGGCCCAGUAUUUAGGCUCAACUCAAGUUCCUAGGGCUACUGGUAUGGAUGUAUUGAAUGAAGCGAUAGAUACACUGGUCGCAGCAGUACCAAAAGAAAAAUGGCAAUAUGUUAAUGUAGCUAUAGCACCUUCUAUGAUAACGAUCCAAUUAACAAGUGAUGAGCUUUUAGCCGAAUGUAGAGUAAGAUAUUUGUCCUUCUUAGGCAUUGGGAGGAUAGUGAAAUACUGCGCAUUCAUAAUGCACACUUCGGAGGACAAAUUUAUUGCACAUGUGUUUUAUUGCGAGCCUUCUUCGGGCGCUUUAUGUAAAACAAUUGAAGCAGCUUGUAAAUUAAGAUAUCAAAAGUGUCUAGAUGCUCAUCCUCAAGGAUUUGAAUCCUAUAAUGCCAACUUGAAUACGCCUGGCAAAAGUAUUGGCGCAGCUUUGAAGUCCUUCGUUGGAUCAAUCACGAAGCGAAGGAGUAAAUGUCCAGAUUCUUGAAAACAGAUUUGAAUCUCUAGAUGAUUUUAUUUUAUUAUAUUGCAAUUUAAAAUUUCUAUGCUUAUUACUGUAAUGUACAAAGAUUUAUUAGUAUUUUCAAUUUUGAAGUAUAUCAUUUGCAAUAAUAAUAUCAAUUGAAAAAGAA